UUCUCAAGAAUUCCAGUCGGGAUCGACAUACGACUAUGAAGCGAAAGUACGUAGUAAUCUACACCUAGCUGUCAGAUUCGACAUUCGUUAGAAGACUAUACAAUCGAGUAGACGAAAAGACCCAGCAGAAACUAUGGCUGUCUUUGAGAUUGAGCAAAGAAAAGUUGAAUUUAGUUAUUUGAAAUCUAUCCAUAAAUGGAACUUAACAUCAGUGGAAAUGUCCCUAUUGAAGCACUUUUGUCAAAGGGAAUUUGAAGAAUUAAAAAGUUCAAAAUUGGUACAUAUACAUGACAUUACUGUAAAUUACAUUAAAAUGGAUUUAAGGUUAUCAGAGGGACAGGUAAAUAAAGUGAAGGAUUGCAUAGCUGGGAUUGAAGAGAAACUUUCAAAACUUUGGUCAGUUGUUAUAAAAGAUUCAGAUACUAUUUCUAAACUUAGGAAGUUGAAAAUCUGGGAGUCAAAGAAUUCCUAUUUUUGGGUGAUAGAUGAAAGAAUUAAACUCCACUUAUUCUGUGAUAGCUUUGAGAUAUUAAAAAUUAAACUUAAAGGAUUUGGGAUAGAAACUCGGAUGCAAGAACCAAAGGGUUCAGAAAAUUUGUCCAAGUCGGAAAGCAUGCCACUUGCCAGUGCACCAGGAGCAGUAUCCAUAAGUCCAAAGAGGGCUAGAAGUUCAUAUUCAACACAAAUAGGGGGGAAUCCUGCUACACAUCAUUCAGGCCUAAAAAGUUACACAGUCUUUUUUGGGCCUAUUAAGGUACAAGUUUAUCAAAAGUCAAUAUUAGACGUUCAAGUGGAUGCGAUUGUCAAUGCUGCAAAUGAGAGGAUGGAACAUAUUGCAGGAAUAGCAGCUGCCAUUUCAUAUGAAGCUGGAAUUGACUUUAACAAUGACUGUCAAAGACAGUUGUCUGUUCGUGGCAGUGCAUUAAAUCCAUCUGAUGUACUAGUGACAGAUCCAGGCAAACUGAGAAAUAAAUAUAAAUGUAUUCUCAAUGCAGUUGGUCCAAAAUGGGAUGAUUAUCCAAAGAAAGCAAUUUGUUUAAAAGAAUUAAAAGACACAAUGAAAAAUAUCUUGAAGGCUGCAAGUAAGAAAUACUGUUUUACAGUGGCCAUGCCAGGCAUAAGUUCAGGUAUUUUCAAAGUUCCACUAGAGUUGUGUGCAAAGAUGUAUUUGCUGGGUAUCCAAGAGUAUGUCAAAGAGGAAGGCAUGAAAAGUUUUGUCUCUGAAAUUCAUUUAGUGGAUACAGAUGAAACCGUCAUCAAGGAAAUAAUUUCUGCUUGCAGUCAGUUCCAGGGUGAUCCAGAUUCAAUUACCAUUGAAUCAAUUUGUGCAAGAUAUCCACAUCUGAUGAAAGAUUCUGGAUGGCCUUCCCAAGAGCGUUCAUCAUUGUCAGCCUCUCAGAUUUCCAGUAGACGCCAGCAUCGGACUUUUGUGGACAGAGGAAGUAAUUCUGUUAACAAUUCAGACCAUACGGCCGUAAAUUUACAGCGACGGUCUGGGCAUAGCAAAGUAGUGCAGGAUCCCGAUGAGAGAAAAAAAGGUGUCAAAGAUGAAGUGAAGGUUUUUAGAUUCCUCAAUCAGAUGGUUGUGAAAAUCUACACAGGUAGCAUAGUAAAAUUUAGUGGAGAUGCCAUUAUUUGCAGCAGUGAUGGUAGCUUUUCAGGUGGGGGAGUACUUGCUAGAGCUCUUGAGACAGAAGGUGGAGCAGAAUAUGCAGCAAAUUUUGAUAAGAUGCGUCCAUCAAUCAGCUAUACGGCUAGUGUGCGAGCAAAGCCAGGUGAUAUAAAGACUUGUUCUGCAGGAAAGAAUUUGUCUGUGCGAUUUGUCAUCCAUGCUGUAAUCGAUGUGUUGUAUGGCUCUUCCGAAUCUUCCCUGCAUGGUUACCAAACCACAAUAAAGACUAUUCUAGAAACAAUCAACACUUAUAAUAAAGCAAAAGCUUUUGCAAUACCAUUAAUUGGAGCAGGUAAAAUCGAGAACAGUACUGAGGACUUGCGGAAGUGCUGUACAGCAUUCUUUCAGGUGAUUGACGAUUUCUGUUUCCAUCACCAGUCUUCCUGUCACAUUGCAGAGCUUCAUCUGAUUAACAAGAAUCCAAAAAUAACUUCUGCGUUACUGGAUGUAUUUUCCUGUAAUAGCAGUAAACAGACAUUUAGCUCUCAUGACUCUUAUCAAAAGCAGAGAGAGAGAAAUGAGAGAACUGAAGAUUUUGCUGGGGAUCACACAAGAAAAAGACAUGCUGGAAGUUUUCAUAGACAACUUAGUUGGACAGAUUCUCGUUCUGAUGAAUCUGAAGGGAAUAAUGGAUAUGGAAUCGGUGCUCGUCCAAAAACUGGUCCAAGAAGAACCCAGUCCUUGUAUACAAAAAGUUUUGAUAGUAGGCAAAAACAAUUCAAAGAAGACAAAAGUGCAUCUAUUGAAAGAAUUAUAGCUCAGAACACAGUCCAAGAAAGCCUUUUUGAAAAGGUAGAAACUGAUAAGCAAAAACACUCAUCAAAGGCAAGUAAUGGAAACUUGGUGAUUAUUGGUUUAGAUGAAGAAGAUGAAAACAGUAACUCUAGUGUUGAUGAAACAAAUGCCAACCCUGGGGAUGAUGAUAAAACCACAACUUGUGUCAUCUGUCUGGAUGAUAUCAAAAAUGGUCUUAAACUUGCAUGUGGUCAUGAAUUUUGUAAAGGUUGUCUGACUCAGUCGUUUACCAAACACAAAGAGGCCUGUCCUGUGUGCGGGAAGAUUUUUGGAGAAAUCACUGGAAAUCAGCCCCCAGGUGAAAUGACGGUAGAAAAAGAAAGACGGCCAUUGCCAGGAUAUGAAGGGGUUGGAACAAUUGUUGUCAAGUACAAGUUUAAUUCAGGAAUUCAAGGGCCAGAUCAUCCUAAUCCAGGUCAACCCUAUGAUGGAACAGAGAGACGAGGAUUUCUCCCGGACAACGAGGAGGGAAGAAAAGUUCUACAACUGCUACAGACGGCGUUCGACAGAAAACUGACCUUCACCAUUGGUUAUUCCAGAACCACUGGUAAAGACAAUGUGGUUACCUGGAAUGACAUUCAUCACAAAACCAAAAGGGACACAGGGGCUCAGAGAUUUGGAUACCCUGAUCCCACCUACUUACAAAGAGUUCAAGAGGAACUAGCAGCCAAGGGGGUCACAGACUGAAUGAGAGGGACUCCAUACAAAUAUUGAAAUAUUUUAUUCUAGGUUUUAGAUUUCUUGCCAAAAGAAAAUUUUUAUUUAGUUCAAUAGGUUAUAAAAAAAUAAUUUCUUGGUUCUCAGGUGCCUCAUUGACCUUUUUCAUUGGUAAAUUAAGAAAAUAAAACAAAUCAACUCCCUCAUCAUUUUUUGAGGUUUUGUACAAUGUUAAAAGCUGGCUCAUCAUGUUUUGGGGGCAAUAAAAAAGUAAAUAAAAAAUGCCUCCCUCUGUCAUCAUAAAAUUCUUGAAAAAAGGCCUGAGAACCAAGGAAUUAACUUUGCAUGACCUUAGUUAUUCUAUAUUUUAAAAAUUGAUGUUUUUAUUUUUGUAUUAUAUAUUCUGGAAUGAUAAAGAAAAGAAAGAUUUGGGUAUUUUGAAUAGAAUGUCAAAACAAUGUUUUUAUACUUUAAUUUUAAUCUUUAGGGCAAAAUGUGCUGUGAUAAAAAAAAAAUAAGCAGAAUUUUGCUUUAUGGAUUAUAGAAGUAGAAAUGUGCUGUUACUGCAGUUAUAUUGUCCUAUUCAUAGGCUAUAGUAAUAUUUACAUUCACUGUCAUUUUCUUCGUGAAAUCCGUUAGAAGUCCAUGACGUUUAAAAUUUAAUUCUAUAACACAUGCUUUACCUUGUCACCGAGCGAAAGAAUACACAGUAGGAACUUUAUCAUGUAUAUGUUAUUUUCAAUAUACCAGGAACACCAAAAUUUACAUUGUUUUGACACAAUUUUAUAAAAGAAAUUAACCCUGUUAAAUUAACGUAAAAAUAUAACAAAUGUGCACUUAAAAUUAAUUUGUCACUUUUUUCCUCGCAAUGUUCGUUUGCGUUUUUAACUUUACAACGUCACAGUUGGCUCUUACAUCUAUAAAGCACACCAGUUUUGAAGGGCGCUUAAUUUACAUUAAAGAUUACCUAAAUAAACAAUUAUGAAGAGGAAAAAAUCAGAGAAUGUAAAUAUAAGCAUUGAAUUCAUAUUUUGGGAUGUCUUCGAUUCUAUAUAACACACCUGGCCAUGCCGACAAAUUAUCAUACCACGCUAAAGUGUUGUAUUCAAUUUGUCGGCACGGCCAGGUGUGUUAUAGGACCGAAGACAUCCCAAAAUAUGAAUUCAGUGCUUAAACCGUUUCAUGAUUUGUUCUAUUAGACCCAUAGGAAACCAAAAUGCUGAAGGGAGCAUGUUCCAUUUUAAAUAAAUCAGAAUUCUUCUGUAGAUAUACCUCUUUUUUUAAGAGAGUGAAAUGAAAAACAUUUAGAAAAAUAAAUUUUAGUGUAUAUAUAUAUUUUAUUUGGUUGAUAUUUGAAAUCUGUCAUUGUCAAAGAUAAAAAAUGGAUGAAAACCAAGUUUUAAAGAACAUACUUACAGUGAAUUCACAUUUACAGCAGAAUGAUUUUCUCUAUGGUUAUCAUGAAUCAUGUUUAUAAGUACCGAUAAGCAAUUUUGUUUUUUCUUGGCAGGCAAUUUACUUUUGUUACUUUUGUAAAAUGAAAAUUAUAUUAAAUUCAAGUUAUAUAUAAUCAUAAUUCUUUGUAAAUGAUUUUCAAAAGAAAAUUAAUCAAUACUGGUCAAUAUUUAUAGAACUAGUUUUCUAUGUAGAUUGUUUGUGGCA